CGAACUUGAAGCGUUUUCCUUUGCGGACGUGUGUGAAAGAUAUCCGUAAAUGGGGAGUUGGAGAGAAAUUGGAUGUUGUUUCAUACAGAGUACCCCUCACUUAAAAUUGUAUUCGACUUUCUAUUUUUAUGUGAAGUUGGAAUAUAUAUUUCACCAGGUGUAAUCAAUCAUUCUCACCGAGAGAGGGACAGGCUGGAUCAACGGCAGCUGUGCUUGAAGCCCAGCCUGCAAAACGCUAGCUAGCAAGCGCGAGGCUAGUGUGGAAUUACAGAACAGUACUUCACGGGCUUAAUGAUGCCUCGCGACAACAUGACCUCCCUCGUUCAGAAAAUUGGUAGACAGGCGCUUGUAACUUUUAGAAACCCAUCUUUGGUAGGUGAUAAAGCGUUUCUGGAUAAUCAAGGUAAACUCCAAACCCUCAUGACCGAAAUCAGAGCUGCGGAUCUGAAGAUUGCUCCAAGGAAAGUUGACUGCGCGUCUACAGCUCUGCCACACAACCCCCCGGUCACAUACAUGCACAUAUGCGAGACAGACCAAUUCAGCAUGGGGGUGUUUCUGCUGAAGAGCGGUGCUUCCAUCCCCUUGCACGACCACCCGGGAAUGUACGGCAUGUUAAAAGUUAUGUAUGGCAAGGUCAGGAUCACCUGUUUUGACAGGUUGGACAAAUCAACCAACGUGGCCAGUGACAUGCAAUUCAAGCCUCCCCUGCUACCUUUCCAGAGAGAUACGCUGAGGAGGUCAAUACUCCGGUCGGUCGGUGAGUUUACAGAAGAGAGUGGCCCGUGUAUGUUGACCCCUGACCGAGACAACCUUCAUCAAAUCGACGCAGUCGAUGGACCCACUGCUUUCCUCGAUAUUCUGGCACCACCAUAUGAUCCAGAUGACGGUAGAGACUGUCAUUAUUACAAAGUUCUGGAGUCUGCCUCGGACUCGGAGGACAAAAAGGCUGAGGCUCAGGGGCAAAAGGAAGUUUGGCUCAUGGAAGUACCGCAACCUUCUGAUUUUUGGUGUGGUGGUGAACCUUACCCCGGCCCUGAAGUCAAUAUCUGAACGCUGAAUUGAUGUGAACCAUUGAUUCUCAGGGCUGUGUCACAACAUGGUAUAAAUGUAUGAUGGUCAUAAUUCCUACAAUGAUGGAUUAUUAUGGAAUGGAUAUAUCACUGUCACUGUGGUGUGUAAUAGGAAAACAUGUUGUGUGAACUAAAAGCACUUAUACUUAUACUACUAUCGUCUCUUCAGUUUGGGGGUUGGCCAGUCACAAUGCAUUUAGCCUGUAAUGAAAGUAGUUACUCAGUUGAUAAAUUGUGAUCUUUGUACAUCAUCUCUAAUGUAUUUGAAAUUACACCAAGUUUAUCAUGUCUUGAAAUGAACUGAAACCAUACAUUAAACAUAACAUUUCUAAGAAGAACAAGAUUGAGGGACUCAAGAAUUCACUAAAUGGGGUAAUUUUUUUUUGAAAUUUUACUAGGCAGGUCAGUUAAGAACAAAUUCUUAUUUUCAAUGACAGCCUAGGAACAGUGGGUUAACUGCCUGUUCAGGGGCAGAACAACAGAUUUGUACCUUGUCAGCUCGGGGAUUCGAACUUGCAACCUUUCGGCUACUAGUCCAACGCUCUAACCACUAGGCUACCCUGCCGCCCCAAAUCAUGCUGUAAUACACAAUUAAUUGGUAUAUACAACCUGAAACUAAUGCCUGAAGAAUCGUGCAAGUGUUCCUUACAAGCCAGAAUGUUGAAUCAAAUAACAUUUAAAAUUACUCUACCAGUUGUCUGUGGUUUAUUCUUUGGCUGCUCUAAAUUUGAAACAAAAUAUCCGAAGGCAAAUUUUGUUUACCCAACUUGUUAAAGAGCUGAAAGGUAUAUUGUUCAGUUCCAGGCACUGAGAUAAAAAUAGUUUAUAUUGAAUUUUACAUUUUAUUUAGUCAACAGCUGUUGAACCAAGCCUGCCAUGAUAAUGAACAUUAUAUUCUGAAUCAGGAGGAUGGAGAACAAUCCACACCUUUGUGAGAUUUUUAUUAAUUUAUAUUCAGAUUUCAAGCCUUCAACAACAAAAAUACAGUGUGCAAUGUCCUCCUCUGAUUCAUAAUAUACAAUUUUCAUUGCAUAACUUUACCUCUAUGCCAAACUGAACCAUAUACCAACAGGCUCUCUAAAAAGAUUGGUUAAGCAACUGAAAGACAAACCUAACAGACAAGCAGUAGAGUAAGUUUAAAUGUAAUUUUUUUAAACAUUCUGGCUUCUAUGGAACAUUUACAUGAUUUUGAAGUCAUUACUUUCAGGUUGUAUACAUCAAUUGUGUAUUACAGCCUGAAUUAAUAAGACUUUACAAAUGAAAAAAGUCAUUUACUAUAGGUAUGUUUUGAUUGGAUCAAACUACAUUCUUUGAGAUAGUCCCAUGGGACUUGGGUUACUGAAUAAUUAUCUUAAACAUUGCUUAGUUAAUCGAACUUCACCAAUUAAACUUAAUCCCCAUAAUAACUUUGUUUGCUUCAUCAAUUUGGGAAUUUAGCUCAUAUUUGGCAGAGUGCUAUUGAGUUCAUUGCUUGCGGCUUAGGGGCCUCUUGUGGACAUACUGAGUAUUACCUGAGAAGGACAAUGUGACUAGUAGAAUACUGUAUUCAGUAUAGGCCUCCCUUGACCUAAACUCGGCAAAAAAAGAAACGUCCCUAUUUCAGGACCCUGUCUUUCAAAAAAUAAUUCAUAAAAAUCCAAAUAACUUCACAGAUCUUCAUUGUAAAGGGUUUAAACACUGUUUCCCAUGCUUGUUCUUGAACCACACACAAUUAAUGAACAUGCAACUGUGGAAUGGUCGUUAAGACACAAACAGCUUACAGAUGGUAGGCAAUGAAGGUCACAGUUAUAAAAACUUAGGACACUAAAAAGGCUUUUCUACUGACUGAAAAACACCAAAAUAAAGAUGGCCAGGAUCCCUGUUCAUCUGUGUGAACGUGCCUUAGGCAUGCUGCACGGAAGGAUGAGGACUGCAGAUGUGGUCACGGCAAUAUAUUGCAAUGUCCGUACUGUGAGACGCCUAAGAUAGCGCUGCAGGGAGACAGGACGGACAGCUGAUCAUCCUCAAAGUGGCAGACCACGUGUAACAACACCUGCACAGGAUCGGUACAUCCGAACAUCACACCUGCGGUACAGGUACAGGAUGGCAACAACAACUGCCCGAGUUACACCAGGAACGCACAAUCACUCCCAUCAGUGCUCAGACUGUCCGCAAUAGGUUGAGAGAGGCUAGACUGAGGGCUUGUAGGCCUGUUGUAAGGCAGGACCUCACCAGACAUCACCAGCAACAACGUCACCUAUGGGCACAAACCCACCGUCACUGGACCAGACAGGACUGGCAAAAAGUGCUAUUUGACGAGUCGCGGUUUUGUCUCACCAGGGGUGAUGGUCAGAUUCGCGUUUAUCGUUGAAGGAAUGAGCGUUACACCGAAGCCUGUAAUCUGGAGCGGGAUCGAGGUGGAGGGUCCGUCAUGGUCUGGGGCAGUGUGUCACAGCAUCAUCGGACUGCCUGCAAUGACAACAAGCUAUCUCAACGUUGUGCAUUACAGGGAAGACAUCCUCCUCCCUCAUGUGGUACCCUCCCUGCAGGCUCAUCCUGACAUGACCCUCCAGCAUGACAAUGCCACCAGCCAUACUGCUCAUUCUGUGCGUGAUUUCCUGCAAGACAGGAAUGUCAGUGUUCUGCCAUGGCCAGCGAAAAGCCCGGAUCUCAAUCCCUUUGAGCACGUCUUGGACCUGUUGGAUCGGAGAGUGAGGGCUAGGGCCAUUCCCCUAAGAAAUGUCCGGGAACUUGCAGGUGCCUUGGUGGAAGAGCGGGGUAACAUCUCACAGCAAGAACGGGCAAAUCUGGUGCAGUCCAUGAGGAGAAAUGCACUGCAGUACUUAAUGCAGCUGGUGGCCACACCAGAUACUGACUGUUACCCCCCCCCUUUGUGACCCCGCUUUGUUCAGGGACACAUUUUUCCAUUUUUGUUAGUCACAUGUCUGUGAAUCUUGUUCAGUUUAUGUCUCAGUUUUUGAAUCUUGUUUAUGUUCAUACAAAUAUUUACACAUGUUAAGUUUGCUGAAAAUAAACACAUUUGACAGUGA